CUGAAGGCCAACAAGGUGAUUUUCGCUGAAUGUGGGGAAGACUUUGUGGAAUUCUUAUUCAACCUCCUCUCCUUACCCGUCAGCCGGAUCAUCGAAAUCAUCUCGAAGGAAUCCAUGGUGGGAUCUCUGGGCAACAUUUACCAGAGCAUGAGAGAUCUGAAGCAGCCAUUUUGUUCAAACCCUUUUGGAAACAACAAUUCAAGUUUCAGCUCCACCACCAACAUGCCUCUCUUGUUGCCACAGCCUUCCCCUGCUGCUGCUGCUGCUGGAUUGUCGUUGGAAGGCGGGCUUGUGAAGGAACAGAGUACCUUCAUGGUGAUGGAUGAUCUGAAGGUGAGUCGAUUGUCCGUUGGCUCUGGUCUCACUCUGCUCAACAAGCUUGGUUGCAACGAUCUUGCCGCGCUAGUAGAGGAAGAGGUUGAGUUUGGACAUCCUGAGGCACUGGAGUUUUUGAAGGCAUCUCUGCACUCAAAGCGAGUUCUGACGAAUGUAUAUCUCGUGAAGGAGUGGGCACUUCUCGACGCAAUUGCAAGUCGUGCCAAGAGCCAAUCUAAUAAAGAAGAUGUAGAUGUUGAAGCACUUCUGUCAAGGUUAGGGUUUGCUUGA